AUGGCGAUGUGCGUCAACGCCCCCAUCCGUCGCCCGCCCCCUCCACCGCCGCCGCCAGACCCUCAGAAGUCCUCCUACUACGAUCGCAACCUCCGUCAAGGGCCCGCCCUGAUCAGAGCGCGCAAGCCCUACCUCGCAAAGAACCUCGCCGUCGGUGCCGGACUGUGGUGCUUCGUCGGCGCAGUGUAUUGGUACACGAUCAAGGCGGUCGGUCAAGAUGAGUUUGAGGAUGUCAAGGUUCCCGAUGCCCCGAGGCACCCAGCAAAGUCCAAUUAA